AUGUCUCAAUUCCAAGAGACAAGUGGUAGUAGUGGAGGUAAUGAAGAAAAAAGGGAGUUUCUUGAUGAUCGAGUUUUUAAAGAAUCCGUAGCACAAAGCUUUGAAAGGAUGAAUUUGCAAAUGAAUGACUUUAGAGAUGAAUUGGAUGUAUUGAGGGGAAUGAGAAAUGAGAUGACCAGGUUUAUGGAAGAGAUGAGAAGGGACAGAGAAGAUAGAAAUAGGAGGAAUGAUGGGGGAGCAAAUGUGGGAAAUCAGAAUAGAAAUGAAGGUAGAUUUCAAGCAAAACAUAGGAAUGAAGGGUAUGAAGAAGCUGAAUGGAAUGAUGAUGAGUAUGAUGAAGCUUAUGACUAUGGCAACUACCAUUAUGGUGGAAGAGGGUAUAGACCACCUAGGGGUAGAGGGCCUAGGGGAAGAAGGGGUGGCAGAAAUUUUAGGUUCGGUGAUCAUUGGGAUAGAGAUGGGAAUGAGGAGAGAGUUGAUGGGAAUUUAGCUAGUAUAAAAAUGCAAAUUCCACCUUUUCAUGGGAAGGAUAAUCCAGAUGUUUAUUUGGAGUGGGAGAGACAGGUGGAGUUGAUUUUUGAGUGCCAUCAUUAUUCUGAAGAGAAGAAAGUGAAGUUAGCAGCUGUAGAAUUCAAAGAGUAUGCAAUUGUAUGGUGGGAUCAGUUGUUAAGUAGGAGGAGGAGAAAUGGGCAACAAACCGUGGAAACAUGGGACGAAAUGAAGGGAAUCUUGAGAAAUAGGUUUAUUCCACCUUACUACCAUAGAGAGCUGCUUCAAAGGUUACAAAAACUCACUCAAGGUACUAAAAGUGUCGAAGAAUACUACAAGGCCAUGGAGAUAGCUUUGAUUAGAGCUGAUGUUGAGGAGGAUCGGGAAGCUACAAUGGUUCACUUUUUGAAUGGGUUAAAUCCUGAAAUUGCUAAUAUUGUGGAGCUGCAACCUUGUGUGCAGGUGGAGGAUAUGCUACAAAUGGCACUGAAAGUGGAGAAACAACUAAAAAGGAAGAAUGUGGCUAGAUAUGCACCAGCCAAUCAUUCGGCUCCUAGGAAAAGUGAAGAGGAAAGGGAGGAAGAAUCUCAUAAUGUUGAUGAGCAUGAGGAUGAUUGCUACGAUGAGGGAGAUCAGCCACCUAUGGAUGGCAAUAUCCUUGUUACCAUGCGCACACUUAGUGCACAAGUGAGUAUGGAGUGUGGUGAUGGAAUGCAAAGGGAGAACAUCUUCCAUACUAGGUGCUUGGUGAAUGACAAGUUGUGUAGUGUGAUUGUAGAUGGUGGGAGCUAUUGUAAUAUGGCUAGUUCACUCUUGGUGGACAAGUUGGGUUUGCCGACUACUACACAUCCAAAACCAUAUGGCUUGCAAUGGUUGAAUGAUUGUGGGAAGUUGAGGGCUACAAAACAGGUGAUGGUGCCAUUCACCAUUGGCAAGUAUCAUGAUGAGGUACUUUGUGAUGUUGUGCCUAUGGUUGUUACGCAUCUUUUGUUGGGCCGUCCAUGGCAGUAUGACAGAAGUGUUGUGCAUGAUGGUAGGAAGAACAGGUACACGGUCACUAAGGAAGGUCGAACAUACUCAUUGCUUCCUAUGACACCAGCUCAAGAAUAUGAAGAUGUCUUCCCGAAUGAGUUGCCACCAGGAUUGCCACCUAUUAGAGGAAUUGAGCACCAGAUUGACUUAGUACCUGGAGCACAAAUACUGAAUAGACCAGCAUACAGAACAAAUCCUAAAGAAACAAAGGAGUUACAAAGGCAAGUGGAGGAGCUUAUGGAGAAGGGCUAUGUUAGGGAGAGCAUGAGCCCAUGUGCUGUUGAUGAAGAGAAAAUCAAAGCCAUUAGAGAUUGGUCAAUUCGUAAAAAUGUGUCUGAGGUUAGGAGUUUCCAUAGAUUGGCUAGUUUCUAUAGGCGAUUUGUGCCUAAUUUUAGUACAAUUGCUGCUCCUUUGAAUGAAUUGGUGAAAAAGAAUGUUGCAUUUGAGUGGAAAAAGAAACAUGAACAUGCAUUUUCUGAACUUAAAGAUAGAUUGUGUUCUGCACCCUUGUUGAGUUUGCCAGAUUUUGAUAAGACUUUUCAGAUUGAAUGUGACACAAGUGGUGUAGGAAUUGGUGUUGUUCUCAUGCAAGAGAAACGACCAAUAGCAUAUUUUAGCGAGAAAUUGCAUGGAGCUGCCUUGAAUUACUCUACUUAUGAUAAGGAGAUGUAUGCAUUACUUAGGGCCUUGGAAACUUGGCAACAUUAUUUGUGGCCUAAAGAGUUUGUCAUACAUUCAGAUCAUGAAUCAUUGAAGCAUAUUAAGAGUCAAAAUAAGUUGAGUAGAAGAUACCCAUAA